GGCAAGGCUAGCAAAAGUAGGGGGCAAGGCUUCUUUCCCCUUUUACUGCAGCUUUAAAACUAUUUGAUUUGCAAAAAAGUGGUGGGGGACAUGGCAACCACGGCUUCCCAGUGGCGUGAGCUCUGUUAUAUGAUGUCGUUCAGAACAUUUUUAUUAUCCCCCGCCCUCAUCAGUUUUUCCCCUUUACGCAGAGCAGCUAACGGUCGGUAUAAACCCCGUUUUUCCAGAAAAACGAGAACAGAUAUUCAACUGAUUUUUGUUGUAAAUACUAGCUACUAGUAUGGUGAUAUCUGUAAUAGGAAUUAGAUUUUGUUGCCAGUUAUAUUUGAGACGACUGGGCCCUUUAUCUUAUCUUCAACCUACUCGCGAACGCGAAUCUGGAUCUGAUUCUGAAUCUGAUUCUGCAGACACGGAAGUACCGAUUGGAAAGACGGAGCCCGGUAUGCCGUAAUUUGACGACAAUUUCAAUUUCAAUUUCAAUUUUCAUGUGUAUUCUCAGCUUAAUUUCAAUAUACUGAUCUAGUCAAACAAUUUAUCAAGAUACAAUUUCAGUUAUACUUCAAUACAUAAGGUUAAGAUAUUUAAAAUAAUUAUUUGUAUCUAUAAAGUUAUAGCUGAAUGACACAUGGAAAUAGCCCAUAGGGGCUUUCGAGCCAUGUGCCAUCUUACGUGAAUUUUGCCUGAAAAUCUGACAUCUGUAAAUCAACAUAUCACGGAAGUAUCCCCCCUACUGGCGUUGUUAAGGAAACGUGAAACGGUUGACCAGUCAUCGACAACGCUUUUGCAGCACUCACAAAACAAAAUACCUUAUUGUAGUUUGAGAGAAUGAAUUAGUUAUUAAUCAAAUACAAAUUGCGUCAGAAAUGCCUCGUAUACCUAAAUCUACUCACGGCUUAUGUCCGUCAAUUAUCGUCGAUCGGACGGGGCUGCACAAUAACAACAGUUUGAAGAUGAAUGGCGUGGAAGAACUGAAGGAGAAACGUAAAUCAAAUUGUAUCAAGAACCCUGAAAAGAAAUAUGGCUGCCUUGGGAUUUAUAUCAAAAACUUGCAGUUCCUCAACAGGCCUGUUGUUUUCCUUUUCUUUUUGUGCACGCUUGUCGUUACUCAAGGAAUGAUUAUAACUGGUGUUUCGAGCAUUAUAAUCACGUCAAUACAAACGAGAUUUGGUUUUACGAGCAUUCAAGCAGGAGCACUUUCCAGCUCUUACGAUACAGCCUACGGUGUAUCGUCGAUUUUUGUUAGUUUCUUUGGCCACAAACGCAAACCAUUAUGCCUAGGCCUUGGUGCAAUCGCACUAGCUGUUGGAUGUUUUAUUGCCUCUGUACCUCACUAUCUGGUUGGGGAUUACCACGCUGGCGUGGUAAGGGAUACAGACUGGUGUUUACAAAAUGCAACGUACCAAGCCCAACCAUCGGAAUCAAGCGAUUGCAAAGGUGGAGCUUGGUAUUAUUUAGCAGUAUUUUGCCUGGCCUAUUUAACUAUGGGAAUUGGUGCAACGCCGAUAUAUAUUCUAGGGCCAAGUCACUUGAGUGAAAGUACCAAGAGGGGCCAAAGUAGUUUAUAUAUUGGAAUUAUGUAUGCUUUUGCCGCCUUUGGACCUGCAAUUGGAUACUUGAUUGGAAAACCUAUACUGAACACCUAUGUUGACAUGCAGCAGCCAGAAGGCUCAAAUCUGACUCCAAAUGACAGCAUAUGGGUGGGAGCAUGGUGGAUUGGCUAUCUUUUUGGUUGUGGUUUGUUUCUUCUUGUCUGCCUUCCAAUACUUGGCUUUCCACAAGAAUUCAAAGCUACUGAGAACAUAAGAGUGGAAAAGAAAAAUCUAGAAGAUACUGUUUUGGAAACCAAUGUGUUGAACACGAAUUUUAAAUCACUUUUGCCUGCUAUUAAGGCCUUAAUGCUAAAUAAAUGCUUCAUGUUUACCAGUUUGGCAGUAACUACUGAAGGUUUAACCACGGGAGGAUUUUCAACAUUUCUUCCAAAGUUUUUUGAGUCGCAAUACUUUGUUUCAUCAUCUACGGCCUCAUUUUAUACUGGCCUCGUAGUGGUUCCUGGAGUCGGUGGUGGAAUCUUUCUCGGUGGCUUUUUGAUGAAAAAGUACAAAUGGAAUUGCAAGAAAACAUUAAAAAUGUCAAUGGUGUUUUCCUUCUUGGCCUUUGUCGCUACAGCUGCCAUCUUUAUUGGAUGUGGAACAAAGAAAAUCUACGGAGUCAACGUUGCCUAUCGAGGAGAGCAGUCAACUAGUGGCAUCCAUUCUGUCUGUCGUACCAACUGCUCUUGCAGUCACACAUACAAGCCAAUCUGCACUAAGUCUAACCAAGCAAUGUACUAUUCACCAUGCCAUGCUGGGUGUGCUAAAGAAAAUACAAUUGGAACGAAAUACUUCAACUGUACCUGUUUCCCAGAUGACAUAGAUGUGGCAAAAAAGGGCGGAUGCUACUCAGAAUGUGGUUUGAUGUAUUUGUUUAUGGCAACUUUUCUACUCACCAUGUUUUGCACGUUUUUGAAUAACGUGCCUUUGAUCGAAGCUACCUUUCGAGUUGUGCCAGAGAGCCAAUCCUCUCUUGCUUUGGGAUUUCAGCAGGUUCUCAUACGAUUUCUUGGCUUCAUUCCUGGACCUAUACUGUUUGGUAAAUUGGUAGAUAAAGCUUGUAUACUCUGGCAAAUUGACAGCUGUGGUAGUGGCGAGAGCAGAAACUGCCUGGAGUAUGAUAACGCUCUUUUUAGGUAUUACUUUUACAUACUGGGUGGUUCUUUUAAGCUGUUAUCAUUCUUGUUUUUGGUGCUAGCCUACAAAUCCUACAAACCCCCGGCCCAUCCAGUGUUACAACCUUCAACUUCAAAUAUGAGCCAAAGAGACCUGGUCCUUAAUGAAUUUCCUUCAGGAGAUGAAAAAGAUACUGUGGUGACUCAAAUGGGUAACGAUGUGCAGAUAUGAUUGGUAUAUUUUGGUCAUGUGAUUAAGGCCUGCGUAUUGCUCGACAUAAACAGACAGGCCUUAGAUUUACACUGGUAUGGUUGUGGUUGAUUUGGAGCUUCUAGCCAUCAGCACGGAAUUAUUUUUUUAGACUGGAAGUGGUACCCAAACCACCCCGGUACAAAAGUCAUUUCGAUGUGGCAACAGCUCCGGUAUGGAAGUAACCCCAGUACGAAAAUCACUUACCAAAUGAAAAGUAUUACUCGAAACUUUUUGUAACAGGUGAAAGCUUUUGUUGCGAUUUCUAAAAAAUUGGGGUUAGUCACUCAAUGCAAUUCCUUUUGAGGCUCCAGAGCUAUGUUUUUCGAGUUGAAGGAACGAUUAGCUUUCUAGUAUCACGUUGGUUGGGUGAGAAAAUUUUUUGUUAGGGAACGACUUCAUAUUGGGAAUUUUUUUGCCUUUAUUUAAGAUUAUGGUAGAUAUUUAGAGACGCACAACAGAUUUUAUUUUAAUCUGGGAGACUUAUUGCACAUUUACCAUACCUUCUCCUUCUUAUUUAGACUGCAACCUAAGACCACAUUUCAUGUCUAAUUGUUAACUGAGAAUAUUCUAGAUUUAACGUAUUUCUGAAGCAAACCAUAUUUUUUCGACGUGAACACAUUCUGGUGUUAACUUAUCAACAAAAAUAUAUUUUCAUGUAAUGCACAUCAAUGAAAAUGUGUAUUCUGUUUUUUUUAUUUGAGAGUCGUAUGUACCGUAGAUGCCCAAUAUACUUUGUAAGCAAAUAAGAUAUCACAGGUUAUGACUGCUUUCUUCCCUGUCAAAGCAGAGUUCACUGUGCAGAUAAUGCCAAACCCACAUAGACGGAUCUAGACUUUUGCUAGCAGCCUUCAUAUAUUAUUUGGAUCCGAUUAUAAUUUCCAAUUAGAAUGUUCCUGAUGAUUGUUAUUAUCAAAGGCCUUUGUAAACCCAUACUUUCUUGUACGAGGACUUAAUUUUGAUUAGUGAAUAUAACAGUAAAAUAUUUUUCCAAUGCAGUUCAUCAAUCUCUAGUCCAAACAGACCUUUUCUAUACUGAAUUAAACAAUAUAUCAACUGUUUUUGAACUUUUUCUGUAUUAGUUUUUGUAAAUCAUUUGAUAAAUCCAACUCCUUAUUUCUGAUUUUCAAAAAUCACGUUACAAAAUCUCAGCCUCAAAAUUCACAAAAGAUUGGCUUGGUCGUUCCAAAUUUUAUUGAGGAUAUGUAUUAAGUUUAAAAACAUUUUAAUUUUCUUACGUUAAACUUUGUUUAAGUACUAGAUAUGACUAGCAGCUUUUAUGUAAGCUUCACGGGAAAUCUCAGCGUGAAAUUGUAGAGUAGAACUAAAUAGGUAGAGUUAAAAGUACACAUUAAUUGAUAUAAUUUAAUCUUGGUAUUUUUCAUUCAUAUAGUCGUCUGGUAACGAUAUAUGGUUUUGUAUUCCACAAUGUAUCAUAAGGAUAUCUGAAUGUUUAAAAGGGGAUGGUGGAAAGAAUUCUAAUGAUGUCAAGUUUUUUUUUCUUUAAGGAGGCAUUGUAAUUUGUUGAACAAAUGUUUUCAAUUUAACCAUGGCAACAAACCUUCAUUGUAAACGAGGAUGGUUCACUUAGUUUAAUAAGUCUUAUACAUUGAUUGCAACAAACAUAGGUUUGUUUUGGAAAAAGAUACAAUGAAUUCUUGGACUGUCCCCAUGGUUAAUAAAGGUUUUAUGAAUUUUCUAUAUCAACAUGUUUCUUUGAUACUUACUUGUUUUGAUUUUUUAUUAUCCAAAUCUUGCUAGACAGGAUAUCUGAUUUGUUCGGACUUGUUAGUAGUGCACAAUUCCGAUCAAUCAGGUGUAUCAUUUCUUAUUGACUUGGGCUGAGACUUGUAUUAUACAAGACUGUGUAGUUUCCUCUUUGUAAAUUACGCAUUAGUUUUUUUAUUGUUGAAUAUAUAUAUGUAUCGGGUGAAAAUUGUCGGUAGUUACUUCAUUAGUAUUGUAAGUUAUAUCAGUUAAACAUAAAUUGAUUUUUGUGAUGUGCUUAAUGUAAUUUGAAGUGUAUAUUUUUAUAUUACUGUUUAAGAAAAUUUGUCGAACAGAGAAAAUAUUUU